AUGCAACUUUCGCUCCUAAUUUUUUUGCUCAAUUUUUUACUGAUUGCGUCUGCUUUACCUACCUUAUACAAACGUUCUUUUGACGCAGAAAGCGCGUACCAAUCUGCACUCAAUGCCACAUGGUCGUUGUUUUGGAACUCUCAGUACGACGCAUUCAAUUUGAAUGAUCCUGCUUGUACGUCAGAAUUCAGUUAUGCAGCAGUAUGGGAUCUUGCCGUUGUAGGAAAAGCCAUAGUUGACUCGGGAGAUGUUGCAAAGACUGAAGAUAUAAUUAAUAGUCUAUACAAGUUCCAAAACUCUGCAGGAUGGUUUACAAGUCUGCCUGGUGGGUCCGAGAUUUAUACCGAUGAUAAUGCACAAGUCGUUUGGGUCUUUUUGGCAGCUUAUGAAUUGACCAAGAAUCAGCAGUUGCUCAAUACUGCAGUGAACUUGAUCCAUCUUAUUCAAACACAGUGGUCUGCCAUUGGUGGUGUUACAUGGCAGAAGGAUGAAACAUAUGUAGCUUCCAUCUCGACUGUCGAGGCCGCUCUUGCUGCUGUCAAGGUUUAUGAACAGAAUGGCGACGAGUCAUUGUUGACAUUUGCAAAUAGCUCGCUCACAUGGUUGGAUGAACAUUUAACUGAUCCAACUGAUGGUUUUUACUAUGAUGGUAUUAAUAGGCAGACAUGGCAAUUAAACAAAGGAAAAUUGACAUAUACUGUUGGAGUUGCAAUCUCGACAUACUCAUACUUGUACAAGUUCACAGGCGAUGAAGCAUACUUGGAAAAAGCCAUUGCCAAGGCUUCAGCAACAUUGCAAUCUACAACGUUUUUGAGUCCGAAUGGCGCUUGGAAUAACCAGCUCUGUUAUGUGCAUUUGCUUUUUGCGGGUUUUGCAGACUUGAUAACCAUUACUGGAAUUACUCAAUAUACUGAGGCUGUUACGAAUCAGGCUAAUUUUAUUUACUUAUACGAUCAGCUUACCCAAGGAAGUUAUGGGUGGUACGGGAGUGAUUUGAGUCUUUACAACAAUUAUGUUAAAUCAACUGGUGAUACUAAAAGUAUAAGUUAUUCUUAUAGCGCUGACAACUAUUGCAGCACCAACCCAACUCAACCCAAGAGGUCGGCAUUAGAUGAUGGAUCAGCAGCACAAAUAUUCUACAACGUUGCAAGGAUCAACUAA